AUGAUGGAGAAACCACACUCAUGCUUCAUCGACGGUUUCACGCUCACUUUCUUACUUCUGAAUUUGGCUUUGGGAAGAGUUGCCGGCGCUGAUACCUAUAGCAGAAACGAUUUUCCCGUUGAUUUUGUUUUCGGUUCAGGAACCUCUGCUUAUCAGGUGGAAGGAGCUGCUAACGAAGAUGGAAGAAGUCGUAGCAUAUGGGAUACCUUUGCGCACGAUGGAUAUGCGCAUGGAGAAAAUGGAGAUGUAGCCUGUGAUGAGUACCACAAAUAUAAGGAAGAUGUGAGACUAAUGGUGGAAACAGGACUUGAAGGUUAUAGAUUUUCCAUUUCUUGGUCGAGACUGAUACCAAAUGGUAGGGGACCCGUCAAUCCCAAAGGAUUACAAUACUACAACAAUCUCAUCAAUGAGCUUACGAGAAAUGGAAUCCAACCACAUGUCACGCUACACAACUUUGAUCUUCCACAGGUUCUUGAAGAUGAAUAUGGAGGAUGGGUUAGUCGUGAUAUCAUAAGAGACUUCACAUACUAUGCAGAUGUAUGUUUUAGAGAGUUUGGUGACAGGGUCUUGUAUUGGACCACUGUCAAUGAACCCAACGUUUUUGCCUUAGGUGGUUAUGAUCAUGGAAGCAGCCCACCGCAACGAUGUUCUCCCCCAUUUUGUGUUAUAAAGAGCACCAGAGGCAACUCAACAUAUGAAUCCUACUUGGCAGUUCAUCAUAUUUUGUUAGCUCAUUCUGCAGCUGCCAGAUUAUAUCGGAGAAAAUACAAGAACAAACAACAAGGAUUUGUUGGUAUCUCUGUUUACUCGUUUGGGGUUUUUCCUCAAACAAAUACAGAAAAAGACAGGGUAGCAACUCAACGAGUACGUGAUUUUUUGGUUGGUUGGAUUAUGGAGCCCUUGCAAUACGGAGACUAUCCCAUUUCCAUGAAGAUAAAUGCAGGUGAAAGAAUUCCAUCCUUCACAAAUCGGGAAUCUGAACAAGUUAAGGGUUCAAUUGACUUUAUUGGGGUUAUUCACUAUACCAAUCUCAAUAUCACGGACGAUUCUGACGCCCUUAAGAACCCAUUGAGAGAUUUUGACGCAGACAUGGCUGCAAAGAUGUGUAAGUACUUCUUCAAGCUUAAGGAUAGUGAAUUUAGCAAGAGAUUAAAGCUGGUCAUAUAUGGUUACCGAGGAAAUUGA